CCGUUUCGAUAGAUUGAAAUAUUGUAGAUAUCAAAAGUAUCGCAAGCUACCUGCACAAAUAUCGAUAUCAAUCGUGUGCCAGUGUCGAUAGCGCUGCGAACGUUGCCGCCUGCCGCAGUCUGAAGUUGCUUUCAUAACACUCAAAAAAAAAGCUAAAUAUGUCCGCUGUGGAACAGGAUCCCGUAGAAUUGAUGCUUAAGAAAACAGGCUGCAUUGAACUACACUACAAGGUACAGGAGUGCAUCGCAGAAACGGGCGACUGGCGCAUGUGCCAGGACAAAGUCAAAGAGUUUAAGGCGUGCAUGCAAAACUACGUGGACCAGCAGACCAAAAAGUACGCCAAUGUUAAAUAAGAUAAGACAAAAACUCCUCA